AUGGCCCAGCGCACCGUCCUCGCGGUCGUCGCGGAGGAGGUCCAGGCCCCCGCGUCCAAGGCGCUGUACGACGAGUUCGCGAAGCUCCUCGUGAACUACGAGUUCUCGUACAAGUCCGGGGACCGCGUCACCGGGAAAGUCUUCCACUGCGACAGCAAGGGCGCGUGGGUCGACAUCGGCGCGAAGGCUGCCGCGCUGUGCCCGGGCUCUGAGGCGUCCCUCGCGGCCGUCCGCAACGCGGCUUCCGUGUUCGACAUCGGCGAGGAGUACGAGUUCGAAAUCAUCCGCGACGACGACGGCGACGGAUGCCUCACGCUCUCCGUGCGGAAGAUUCAGCUCGAGGCGGCGUGGAACCGUUGCCGCGAGAUGCAAGCCGCCGACGAAGCCGUCUCCGCCGAGGUGCUCUCCGUUAACCGCGGCGGCCUCCUCGUCGAGGUGGAGCACCUCCGCGGCUUCGUCCCGCAGUCGCACAUCGCGAUCCGCACGCCGAACCGCGAGGACCUCAUCGGGCAGAAGGUGCCCGUGAAGUUUCUCGAGGUUGACGAAGACAAGAACCGCCUCGUGAUGUCCAACAGGCUAGCCACCGACGUCGUCUCGGGCGAGGGCCUCGGCGUCGGCGACGUCUGCAAGGGCAUCGUCCAGGCGGUGAAGCCCUACGGCGCGUUCGUCGACGUCGGCGGCGUCUCCGGGUUGCUUCACAUCUCGCAGAUCUCGCACGAUCGCAUCGUCGCGGUGGAGAACGUCCUCUCCCCCGGGGAUGAGCUCAAGGUGCUGAUCCUCUCCAAGGACGCGGAGCGGAGCCGGCUGUCGUUGUCCACGAAGAAGCUCGAGCCGAGCCCGGGCGAUAUGCUCAGGAACCCCGCGCUCGUGUUCGAGAAGGCGGAGGAGAUGGGACGGGUGUUCAGGGAGCGCGUCGCCGCCGCGGAGGCUGCGGCGCAGGCGGAGGAGGGGGCGGCGGAGGAGUUGAAGGGGAUGGCGCCGAGCAAGAGCGAGGACGAGGACGGCGACGCGGCGACCGCGGAGGAGGCGUGAUCGUGUCGACGGGCUGAGGAGCGCGUCGCGUCGCCGCCUCGACGAUUGAUUGAUUCAUCUUUAGAAUUCUUUACAUACUCCGCUGGCGUUGAAAUGGAUAACGUAGUCAUGCU